AUGGCUCCCCCCUCAAGAUUCGGGGGUGGCCCUCCAAACAUGCCGCCUUAUCAACACCAGUUCCCCUCUCACCCGUCUCAAGGCCAUGCGACCGGCCACCAACCCCCCGCGCUGGGAAACUCUGCUUACCUAGGCAACACACAAAUUGGCCCUUUUGCGGCUAGUGGAUUAGGACUCGGUGGCGGUAUCAACGCUGCCGCCGGCUUUGGCGUCGGAGAUCAGACAGGUUUCGCUAGUCACGCAGCCCGAUCGGGCUUUCAGCACGCUGCGCAACUACAGCAGCAGCAGCAACACUCACACCAAGCCCACGCUAUGGGAGGUGAUCGACAGGCGCGAUCUGGCGGCGCGGGUAGACCUCGUGUACGCGAGGUCUGGAAGCACAACUUCAACGAGGAGAUGACUAUCCUAAUGGAUCUAGUGGAUGACUACCCUUACGUAGCUAUGGAUACCGAAUUCCCCGGUAUUGUGGGCCGCCCUAUGGGUAACUUUCGAGGAAAGAGUGACUAUCAUUACCAAUGCCUACGAGUUAAUGUCGACCUACUUAAGGUGAUCCAGAUAGGACUCAGCUUAUUCAACGAGAAGGGGGAAACACCGGCCGACCGUGCUAAUGCGUCGAAUGAGGUUGGCCCGAACGCCCGAGGCCGAGGAAAUCAGGCGCAAAUGCCUCUCGCGUGGCAGUUCAACUUCAACUUCUCUCUCAAGGAGGACAUGUACAACCAAACCUCCAUCGAGUCCCUGCAGCAAGCUGGCAUUGACUUCAACCAACUGGAACGUGACGGAAUCGACCCGCAGAAGUUUGCAGCCCUCUUCAUACCUUCCGGCUUCGUUUGCUUCGACAACGUGAAGUGGAUCUCGUUCCACGGUGGCUAUGACUUCGGUUACCUUACCAAGCUUCUCUCCAACGAAAAGCUAGCCAAUGACGAGAGUGAGUUCGACAAGAUCAUGAAGAAGUGGUUCCCGACAACCUAUGAUGUUAAGCACCUCAUGAAGUACGCUGUGAAGCUCCAUAGCACUGGUCAUCUCACCCCCUCAGAUCCCGCUACUGCCGAGAUCAUGCAGAAGUUUGAGCAGAAGUCAGGCUUAGAGAGCAUCGCAGAUGCACUGAAGAUAAAGAGAGUCGGCGCCGCUCAUCAAGCUGGUUCGGACAGUCUCCUGACAGGAAGAGUAUUCUUCCAGCUACGCGAGAGAAUCUACAACGGUGAGAUUUCGGACGACCACAUCGGCAAAGUCUGGGGUCUUGGAUUCUCAGGAAUGGAGAUGCCUACCAUGACACAGAGUCAGGCUAACAAUGCAGGCAAUGCUUCGCCUGGCAACGGUAAUGGAAAUGGAAACGUUAACGGUGGUCCCACUACACCUAGCACGGUGAGCGCUGGACUCGCUAGCACCCCGGCUGCGCAGGCGCACAACGCGAACGGAAUAGGAAUGGGACCCAUGACCCCAGGUGGCGGAGGAGGUGUCUUUGGAGCCUUCAACUUUCCAGGGAAUCCUAGAUAG